AAUCUUUACCGAAAGAUGAAAUACCAACUGCUCUAUUGGCGACGACUGUAAUAGUUAAUCUUGAUCCAACAAAAACAGAACAUUAUACUGGGUAUUCAAUAGAUCCAAUUGACGAGAAAGACCCGGGUGAUGAUACGAAUAGUGAUGAUGGUGAAGAGUCGAAAGAUGAUCUGCUUAAUCGUGUUGAUAGUCUAACUGAAUUGAGAAAUUCGGAAUUAUUUGAAACAAUUAUUUCAGAAGAUACAAAUAGUAACAAUAACGAGAAUGAUUCGAGUCAAGAUGAUGAUUGUGAGAAUGAUGAGCAUGAUCUUACUAGUGAUGAGAUGUUUAUAAUAGUAAAUUCGGGUAAACAAAUAAAUGCAGUUAAUUUACGAAUUGACUAUAUGUAUCGGGGUAAACAGUUGAAAAAUAUGUGUUUGUAUGACUACAUAUCAACAAUUCAUAAAAUAAAAAUUAAUGACAAAGAAAUAGACAAACUUAAUAGACAAAAAACUCGUGAAGGGCAUGCGACAAGAGUGGAUAGAUUUCUAUUUUUAGGUGGAGAAAAAAAGUGUAAUGAAACUUGUGAUCAUACCUACGAGAACCCGGAAAUUGCAAAAGUUCAACGGAUAGAAAGAUCGGUAAUAGGUUAUGAUAAUACUGGUGACGCAGUAAUACAAGAUGACCAAGAUGAUCUUAAUUUUAGUAACUUAACUUCAUCGAGCCCGUAUGAAAUUAUGCGUUCUGGGUUGUGUAAUGUGAAAUUCGUUAAUGAUGCUAUGCUUCAUUUAUAUCUAAAAGAUAAAUUUAAUGAUAAGAAAAAAGGACAAUCAAGCUUUCAAGAAGAACCUGAUACUAUAGAAUGUGAUAAUGAAGAUGAAGUACGAUGUUCUUGUGAAAAUGAUAAUUAUCUAGUUAAAGCGUGGCAAAAUAUUAUAUCAUCUAGAAAAAAAAUGGAACAAAUGAAUAAUAAUAUGAAUCCCGAAGAAAUCUAUAUCCAGAAACCUUCUGCUCAUACAACUAACCAAAAGAAGCCAGAUAACUGA